AUAUAUACAUAUAUAUAUAGGCGCACAUUUAUAUAUAGUUUUAUCUAAUAUCUAUAUGCAAAAGAAGCUAUAGAUGCAAGCCACCGCGCUUUUUACACAUACGUAUCUGUAGAUUUUUGACAGAAGAAUCUUCUCCCACAAAAAAAAUCUGUCAAUAUUUCUCUACUCUUUCCCCCCUCAGAAUUGUAUUCUUGGACACCGAAACCUAUUAUUGUGAUUUUCGGAUUGCGAUCCAGCUCGCUGUUUAUAGGGUCCUCGAAAGACGCGAGCUUUUCCAUUUUUGCUAGAGAAAUGCUGUUGGUGCUCCGAUCCCUUAGGCUUUAAUCUCGUUUCCUUCUCGUUUCUGCCUUCUGCCCCCGGCAAAAAUGUCAGGCCUAGAAGGAAUGGAGACUUACGAUGAAACACGAGAAAGGAGAUCAGAUUUUGAAAACUCUGAAGAUGAAAGAAGACGAUUUAAGAUAGGAACUUUAAAGAAGAAGGCAAUAAAUGCCUCAAACAAGUUUACUCAUUCUCUCAAGAAGAGAGGAAAAAGGAAGGUUGAUUGCAGGGUUCCCUCAGUUUCCAUUGAGGAUGUUCGAGAUGCAAAAGAAGAGGCUGCUGUCUGUGAAUUGCGUCAAAAGCUCCUUGACAGAGAUAUGUUGCCAGCACAGCAUGAUGACUACUAUACAUUGUUGAGAUUCUUGAAAGCGAGAGACUUUAACACUGAAAAGACCAUCCAGAUGUGGGAGGAAAUGCUCAAAUGGAGGAAAGAGUAUGGAACAGACACCAUUUUGGAGGACUUUGAAUUUGAAGAGCUAGAAGAAGUUCUACAGUAUUACCCUCAAGGAUAUCAUGGAGUUGACAGGGAAGGGAGGCCAGUUUACAUUGAAAGGCUUGGACAAGCACACCCUGCUAAACUAAUGCGCAUCACCACAAUUGAUCGCUACUUGAAAUAUCAUGUCCAGGAAUUUGAGAAGGCCAUAUACGAGAAGUUUCCUGCCUGUUCCAUUGCAGCAAAGAGGCGGAUCUGUUCAACCACCACAAUUCUAGAUGUCCAAGGCCUGGGAGCUAAAAAUUUUUCAAGGACAGCUGCUAAUCUUUUGGCAUCCAUGACAAAAAUUGACAACAAUUACUAUCCUGAGACACUCCAUCGGAUGUUCAUUGUUAAUGCUGGCCCUGGUUUUAAGAAGGUGCUCUGGCCUGCUGCACAGAAGUUUCUUGAUGCUAAAACUAUUGCAAAAAUUCAGGUUCUGGAGCCUAAGUCUUUGGGAAAACUACUUGAAGCCAUUGACUCAAGUCAAUUGCCUGAUUUUUUGGGUGGCUCAUGCUGUUGUCCAGUUGAAGGAGGAUGCCUCCGACCUAAUAUGGGUCCUUGGAAUGAUCCUGAUAUAAUGAAGCUUGUAUAUAAUGUGGAAACAAAGUUUGUGAGGCAGAUUACUAGAGUAUCCGGUGACGACCAGAAAGUUGACUUGUAUACACAGACGUUCCCUUUGAAGGGAAGAAGUAGUUAUACAUCAGUAGUUGAAUCAGGAUUGGAUGUAGAUGAUUCUUGUUCUCCAACUAGAAAAAGUAGCUUCACAUUUCCGCGAUUGGCUCCGCUUCAUGAAGAGGCCAGGACAUCUGAAUCGCCCGUCUACUAUAGUUGUGAUGAUCUUUUCAGUGAAGUUGAUACACAUGGUGGCAAUGAGCAAGAAAUAGACAAUUCUCAAUAUCAGUCUCCUGCAAUCUACAAUGCAGGAAGAAGAGCUAUUUUAGAAGGUACUCUGGUAAUCCAUUGGUUCGAAACCAUUCAGGAAAAGGUUGUGAAGAGAAGUCUGCGGUUUAUGUCAAGGACAAUCAUACAAAUCAUAUUCAAACUUUUUGAGGCUAUCCGCAAUGUACCUUUUGACCAUUCGAGGAGGCAGACUAACAUCUAUCCAUCUAAUGCACUGGAAGAACAACCAGAGAACCAUUCAUCUGCAAGUGCUCGAGCUAUAGGUGAAGGAUAUCAGGUCCUUCCAUGUGUACAGCGUCUUCAGAGACUAGAAAAAUUAUUGGAAGAAUUGAAUAACAAGCGUCAUGAAAUUCCAAUGGAGAAGGAGCGAAUGCUUCAGCAGUCUAUGGACAGGAUAAAGUGUGUCGAGAUGGACCUUGAGAAAACAAAGAGGGUACUACAUGCUACUGUGGUGAAGCAACUUGAGAUCACUGAGUUAUUGGAGAGUAUAAGGGAGUCCAAAUUCCGACAACGAAAAUUUUUCUGUUGAAAUGUGCAAAGGUUGACAUGGUAGAGUUAAUAGACACAGCAACAGUUGAAUGAAGUGCAAGUGACUGACUUGUCUGAUAUUCCCCUUCUUUUUGCUCCUUUGCCUCAAGUUCUCUCGCAGUGCUUGAAGGUCUAGAUGUUCACCACACACAUUUCACUGUGCAAGAAGUUCUACAUGGGGGUUAGCUUGGGCUUGUCUCUUGCUGAAACAAAAGUAGUAUAGGAGUCGUCAUGUAAAUUCCUGAGAUGUAAUGAGGUAAAGACUUUUAGAUAACAGAAGCAAGGUGGCUGAAAGUGACAUUAGUUGCUUCUCCAUUGCAGUCUGAUAGCACGAGUUUGAUGAGCUCUUGGUCUCCUGGGUUUGCUUCUAAGGCCUACCUGUUAUUGUUAGUAGAUUUAAAGCACUCAGUGGAAAAUCGUCCGCCAUGCUGGUGGCUUUGUGUAGGCGAGUAAAACCAACACAAAAAUUCAUGUUUAGAAAAGGAAAAUUCAUGUAGUUAUAUGUU